AUGCUAGAAGAUAGAGAAAAAAAUAAAGAUGUUGGUAGUGUUGAAAUAUUUGAAGAAGCAACUGCUCAAGAUGCUAAGGGGAAGGAAGGGACAUCAAAAACUAUCAAACAGAAAACGAUGAAUGAGAUGGUAAAAGAUAGAGAGUUAGUAAUUCAAGAUAUUUGUAAAUGCAUCUAUAGUAAUGCUUUACCAUUCAACUUGGUAAGAAGUCCAUUGUUUAUUCAAAUGUUAAAAUCUGUUGGUGAAUAUGGUAGGGGUUUGAAACCUCCAAGUUAUCAUGAGGUGAGAGUUUCUCAUUUGAAAAAAGCUGUUGAUAAAAUUCAAGAAAGUUUAGUGAAGUAUAAGAGGGAAUGGGAGAAAUGGGGUUGUACUUUGAUGUGUGAUGGUUGGACUGAUAGAAAAGGGAGGUCUCUUGCUAAUUUUUUAGUUAAUAGUCCUGGUGGGACUGUUUUCCUAAAGUCGGUGGACACAAGUAGUGUGAUUAAAGAUGCUAAACAAAUGUUUGAAUUACUAGACAAUAUAGUUGAAGAAAUUGGGGAGGAUAAUGUGGUCCAAGUUGUGACAGAUGGUGCCUCAAAUCUCAUGGCAACAUGGAAAAUAAAAUAUUCCAAAGGAAGAGAAUUAGCUAGACCAGCAGUGACAAGAUUUGCAACAGCUUAUCUUACACUAAGUUGCAUAUUGCAGCAAAAGAAUGCUCUUCGAACCAUGUUUGCUUCAAAUGAUUGGGUUUCUAGUUCUUUUGCUAGUAAAAGUGACGGUAAGCAAAUGGCAGACAUGAUUUUUGGGGAUUCUAGAUUUUGGAGUUCCAUCAAAUAUUGCUUAAAGUGUGUGAGUCCACUUGUAAAAGUUUUGAGACUUGUAGAUGGUGACUCUAAACCUGCUAUGCCAUAUAUUUAUGAAGCAACGGAUAGAGCCAAAGAAGAGAUUGCUAAUAAUUUUGAAAAGAAAGAAUCAAGGUAUAAAAAGAUAUGGAAGAUUAUUGAUACUCGUUGGAAUUUACAACUACAUAGACCCCUCCAUGCGGCUGCCUACUUUCUUAAUCCUAAGUUCCAUUAUGAUGAAAAAUUUAAUGCGGAUCAAGAAGUUUAUUUUGGUUUAUAUGAAACUAUUGAGAAAAUGAUUUCGGAUAGGAAGACAAGAUUUUUAGUUGAUCAACAGCUUGAGGCAUUCAAGUCUGCCAAGGGACUUUUUGGAAGGAGCAUGGCAAUAGAUACUAGAAACAAAAAACAAUGUUAUGGAGGAGAAGGCAAGGAGUUACAAAAGGUAGCUAUGAGAAUUUUGAGUCUCACAUGUAGUGCUACUGGAUGUGAAAGAAAUUGGAGCACAUUUGAUCAAGUGCAUACUAAACGAAGAAAUCGCUUAGAACAACAAAGGUUAAAUGCACUUGUAUUUGUCAAGUACAACCUUCAACUUGAGAUGAGACAAAAGAUUAGAGAGGAAAAAAGAGAGACAUAUGAUCCAAUUUGUUUAUCAGAUAUUGAAUUUGAUGAUGAGUGGAUCACUGAAAAAGAAAACCCAUGUUUGCCAGUGGAUGGGUCAUGGAUGGACAUACAUGAGAGUUUCACUUUUGAUGAAGGAGCUCCAAGCAAGAAAAGAAAGAGAGGUCCAAGAAAUUUGAAUGCCAAAAUCAGUAGCAAAGGGAAAUCUAUAGUGGAACAAGAGAAUGAGAAUGAAGAUAAUGUUGAAGAUGGGGAAGAGGAAGACGAUGAAGAAGCGACAUUAUUAAUGGAGGAUGAUCAUGAAUUGAGUGACAUUGAUCUUGGAGAUGAUGAAUGA